AUGCCUCACAGCGGGCGAAGUCAAACGGCAAACACUCAAGAAGAAGUAGGAUGCAUCUGUCAACUGGGAGGAUUACAAUUGCAGCUAGCUGAUAGUGAAAAAGGACGCGACAACGACACUUGGAAGAGACAGCGAACGUACGCGCACCAACGAGGCAUCAAGCGACCGGCCGGAAAGGUAUGCCCUUGCGAGUUUUGCUGCGCGUGCCUCCAACCCCUGUUGUUCCGCUGCUAUCCGAAACGUAUGGCUUCUACCCUCGCUAAAAUGGCUGUGCUCCAAAAAAAAUUUCCUUAA